CGUGUAUCUUAUCCUGUUCGAACAUUUGUUAUCGUUAUUGACGAAGUUUGAAAAGUAUUGCGAUUGUUUGCGCGUUGUAUCGUUGUGCGUUGUACGCCGACAUUACUUGCACCCCCCGGGUAUUAAGUUUAUCAUAGCGAGGGUGACCUCAUCGCCGAGCGUGAUUGUAUCAGCGAUGAAGACCAAGCACUGCCGAUGGCUAGCUCGUCAACGCGUACGAAGAUAACCUACGAAUAUGCACAAAAGGUCCCUGCCGAGAGGAAAUCCGCAAACAUCGCAUCGUCCAGGCAGCCGCGAGCGUCCUCAGAGUGGCAAAGACGCGCCGGCGGCUCCAUGCGCGCCUGAGUGAGUAUCUUUCCGGCUUAGGCGCCGUCGCUAUGGAGCAGUCGGUGCACGAAACUCCUAGUACGAGCGGCGCUGUCUUCGAUGAUUUCGCUCGAGCUUGUCGCCGCCAGAAACGCCAAAUAGACCCGGCCACCUGCCCAGUUUGCAGUUGCACGCUGCGCGCUAACGAGGCCGAUCAACAUUUGCACUGCGAAAUCGAAAAACUGCAGAAAAUCAACGUGCGCAGCAAACUGAACGGCAAAUCAAAUCACACUACGUCGACAUCACCCACGCACAGCCUCAACGGAGAAGACAACGAGAACGGAGUGGACAAACUGUGGGAGACAUACCAGAAGGUGAGGACGAAUCGGCAGUGCCGGCAAAAGUCCAAAGCCAAGAAGCGAAAAACCGAUGAAGUAAUCUGCCCUGUUUGUAAUAAAGAAACCACUGAAGAGAUAAACCUACAUGUAGAGCAGUGUUUAAGAAAGAACGGCCACACCAGCGAAGAAAGCGACGAGAACAUCGACGUGGAAAAUUUCGAAGAGUACGAAUGGGCUGGACAAAGUAGAGUAAGAGCAACCACAUUAUUACAAGGAGGUGUCACUUCCCUAGGUACAUCUGUCACAAUGGCGGACGAAGAUGAAGAUUUAGUUGUCGAUGGAGAUGAUGCCCAAAUGUUUGGCUCACCACAAUAUUCCGAACGAGAUAUUAUUCUACCAGACGCAGACAAGGCAAGAGACGCUCUACGGAAAGCCGUGUUAGGUGCAGAUGGAACCGGAGAUGAACCUGAUGAAGACGACGAAGAUAACGAACUGACUUGUGAAGCACAAGGAGAUCCGACGAUCGAAGCUCUGAAAAAUCGCAUCCGCGAGCUGGAGAGUCGCGAGAGCAACAACGCCGAAGUUUACAAAUGUUUGAUUUGUAUGGAGCGGUACAAAAAGCCGGUGAUUUCCGUAUGCUGCUGGCAUGUGCAUUGCGAAAUCUGCUGGCUGCAGACACUCGGCGCGAAGAAACUGUGUCCGCAGUGUAACAUGAUCACAUCGCCGGCGGAUCUACGACGCAUCUACAUGUAAACCUUUUGACACGAUAUACGAUCUUACUAGAUUAAUAUAUUCUAUUGCAGAAAAUACUUGUUUAAGUUGUGUAUGAGUUGAUAUUAGAUGAAAUGAAGGACCCAAGUGUGGAAAUUAGAUGAUUGCUGAACAAAUUGUACAUUUUCACAGCACAUUAUGUGAUAUAUUAAUAAGUCCUACAGUUUACUUUUUCAAUAAACAUGUGAAAAUAUCAA